GUGGAAUCAAUGUGGCGGAAGUGACUUUUAUCGGCCCUGUUAGCGCGGCGCUAGCAUUAGCGCUUUGCUAGCGUGUUGCUGCUGUGUUACUGGCGUGUCUCAGUGAUAUUUACCUGAAUUCCAAGCGCAGAACUUGUAGGCGUGAAACUUUCCCUCCGACUCACCCCCCUCACCCCCCCCCCCCUCCCUCACUCCCAACCUCACGAGCUGCCUCCCUAUACCGCCCCCCUCUGUCCAAUAACCGGCCGGGAUUUGCCUAAAGCGUGCUGGUCCGCCCGGUGAUUGACAGCCCGGUGUGGUGGGUGUGUAAUUGAGGCGGAGGGAGGGGGAGUUUUUUUUUUUUUUUUUUUUGUGGUGGCAGUGAGGGGGGGGGGCUGCAAAGUGACGGCUGCAGGCGCCUCAGAGGAGCGCAGCAUCUGAGCGGGACCAGACGGCGUGUGUCCAGUCCGGAGGAUUCCCCCCCCCCUCACCAAACCUUCGGGACCCUUAUGGCUGCUUGAGAGCCCCCCAACGCCUCCCCGUCCACCUCAACACUAUUCCUCCCCCAUUCCCCCCCCCCUCUCUCUUUUUCUUUUUUUUCCUUGGUCUUUUUUUUUUUCCCCCCAGCUCGUCAAGCGAUCACAAGCGGCCGCGGGUCCGACUUGAGUUGAGCUGCUUUGAGCCGUGGUGCACUCAAGGCGGGCGGCCAUGGAUACCCCCAUCAGAUGGAAAGUUAAACGGAGGUUAAGGGGCGCCCUGAUCUCCCUGCUCGUCAUUUCGCUCGCUGUCACGUCGCCGGCGAGUUCAGCGGAACCAGCAAACCUCUUGAAGAUUUUAGAUUUCCCCAGUUUACCCGAAGGUGUCACGAAAACAGCGGGCUUCUGCUCGAAUCGGCGGUCGUCGCAAGGACCCGACGUGGCCUACCGAGUAUCCAAAGAGGCGCAGCUCAGCGCACCCACCAAACAGCUGUAUCCAGGUGAUGUAUUCCCCAAGGACUUUUCCAUCUUGGCCACGGUGAAGCCCAAGAAGGGCAGCCAGUCGUUCCUGCUGUCUGUGUACAAUGAGCAGGGAAUCCAGCAACUCGGACUGGAAAUGGGGCGAUCGCCCGUCUUCCUCUAUGAGGACCACACAGGAAAGCCCGGACGAGAUUACCCGCUCUUCCGGGGGAUCAACCUGGCCGACGGAAAGUGGCAUCGAGUGGCCAUCAGUGUGCACAAGCAGACCAUCACCCUCAUUCUAGACUGUAAAAAGAAGAGUACCCAGAAGCUUCUCCGAUCUCCGCACCCUAUCAUCGACACCAAAGGAAUUAUCGUGUUCGGAACAAGAAUACUUGAUGAAGAAGUCUUUGAGGGAGACAUCCAGCAGCUAAUGAUUGUAGCAGACCACCGGGCCGCCUAUGACUACUGCGAGCACUACAGCCCCGACUGCGAGGUGGCCGUGCCCGACCAGCCGCAAAACCAGGACCCCAACACCGACGACUAUAACACAGAUGACAGCUACUAUUAUGAGUACCCCUUCUACGAGGAUGCGGACGCAAAGCCCGUCGAGUCAACUUCCGACAACGAGGAGACAACUACCGAAGUCAAGGUGACAACCGGGGACAGCCUGGCGUCCAAAGUGGAGGAAGUCGUCCGAGGAACUGGCGCCGGUGGCAAAGUCAUCUCUUCGUCUUCCAGCUCGGGUUCAUCCUCCAGCAGCUCUUCCGCGAGCGCCACUGACAAUACCGGCGCGUACGAUGGCUACGACAGCUACGGGACCUACGAGUACUACGAGGAGCUGACGCCGGCGCCGGAGGCCGACGGCUCUCAGCGGAUCACCGUCACCGGCACUGGCACCGGAGGUAAACUGGACCUGGGAGCAGCGGCAAAGGUUGACCUGGGUGCAGGAGCUGCAGUGGAAACCAAGUUUAUCGGCGGCGGGGGCGGCGGCGGAUCCUCAAUCACAAUUAAUAAAACAACACUCGGAACCGCCUAUGGCGACUACGGAGAUUACGGCGACGGGGAUUACGGUGUGGACAGCCACGUGUCAACCGGCGGAGGCAGCAGCAGCCGUACAGUUCACAUCGGCGGCGGGGGCAGCAGCUCCAUCCAUCUCGGCGGCGGCGGCGCCGGCAGCAGCAGCAUCAACCUCGGGGCCGGCGGCGGCGGCACCGUUGACCUCGGCCUCGGCCUCGGCAGGGGCACCAUCGAGCUGGGCGGCGGCGGCAGCAGUACCAUCGACCUUGGUGGCGGAAGUAGCAGCACCAUCAGGCUGGGCGGCGGAGGUAGCAGCAGCAGCAGCAGCAGCAGUGGAUCUACCUCACUGGGCGGCAGCAUAGACCUCGGUCUUGGAGGUGGUAGCAGUAGCGGCACCAUCACCUUGGGUGGCGGAGCAGGAAGCAGCAGCGCCACCAUCGCCAGAGGGGGCGGCGCAAGCCGCUCCAACGUUACACUGGGCGGCGGCUCCGUUUCGGUCGGUGCCGGCGGCGGAUCCGUGUCAGCUGGAAGCUCUUCAAUCGGCGGUGGAUCGGCCAGCGCGGGAGCCGGGCGCGGCGGUUCCAUCGCGACCGGAACCGGUCUGGGCAUUGAGGGCGAAGGGGACUACACGGACCUUGACGCCUUCAAAGAGGAGAACAUCAAUAACUACGACGAUUUGGAUCUGAAUAUUUACGACGACAACUACGACGACCUGGACUACCACGACAAAGGUUCCAAAGUGCUUCCCGCCGAGACCAACGAGUAUUACGGACAGGUCGACGGCGUCCGCGGUGAGAAGGGACAGAAAGGAGAACCAGCAGUUAUCGAGCCCGGAAUGCUGGUGGAGGGUCCGCCUGGGCCUGAGGGACCAGCGGGUCUUCCUGGACCCCCGGGUGCCUCCGGCUCACCGGGCAUUGCUGGAGAGACUGGCGAGAGGGGUCUCCCGGGUCGUCCUGGUCUUCCCGGUGCCGACGGUCUUCCGGGCCCGCCCGGCACUGUCCUGAUGCUGCCUUUCCGAUUCAGCGCCGGAGGAGAUUCCGGCCAGAAGGGCCCCGCCAUGUCGGCUCAGGAGGCCCAGAUGCAGGCCAUCAUGCAGCAGGCCCGGCUGGCCAUGCGCGGAUCCACCGGUCCAAUGGGUCUGACCGGCAGGCCCGGCCCGUUGGGUCCUCCCGGUAUCUCAGGACUGAAGGGAGAGUCCGGAGAGGCCGGUCCUCAGGGUCCACGGGGACCGGUGGGUUCAAUUGGACCUUCUGGAAAGCCCGGCAGACGGGGUCGUCCCGGAGCCGAUGGCGCCAGGGGAAUGCCGGGCCAAUCUGGACCUAAAGGAGAUCGCGGCUUUGACGGUCUGGCCGGACUUCCCGGCGAAAAAGGACACAGAGGUGAAGCGGGACCCCACGGACCGCCUGGUGCUCCCGGCGAGGAUGGAGAGAGGGGAGAAGACGGAGAAAUCGGACCAAGGGGACUUCCCGGAGAACCGGGACCCCGUGGUUUGCUGGGCCCUAAAGGACCUCAGGGACCUCAGGGACCGCCUGGCGUCACCGGAGUGGACGGCCACCCUGGACCCAAGGGCAACAUCGGACCUCAAGGAGAACCAGGACCUCCUGGUCAGCAAGGCAACCCCGGUGCUCAGGGUCUCCCCGGGCCUCAAGGUGCCAUCGGAGCUCCCGGAGAGAAGGGUCCCAACGGUAAACCCGGCUUGCCAGGAAUGCCAGGAGCUGACGGACCACCGGGUCACCCCGGAAAAGAAGGACCUCACGGGGAGAAAGGACACAUGGGACCCGCCGGCCCUCAAGGACCCAUCGGUUAUCCCGGCCCACGCGGCGUGAAGGGAGCAGACGGCGUUCGCGGCCUGAAAGGAACCAAAGGAGAGAAGGGUGAAGACGGCUUCCCGGGCUUCAAGGGAGACAUGGGCAUCAAGGGCGACAGGGGUGAGGUUGGACCAGCUGGACCCAGAGGAGAAGACGGUCCCGAGGGGCCCAAAGGUCGCUCGGGUCUCCCCGGAGACUCCGGUCCACUUGGCCCAUCUGGUGAGAAGGGUAAACUCGGAGUGCCCGGCUUGCCCGGAUACCCAGGAAGGCAAGGACUAAAGGGAUCUCAAGGCUUCCAAGGCUUCCCUGGCGCUAACGGAGAGAAAGGAACUCGGGGGACGGCGGGAAAACCCGGACCGCGUGGCCAGCGAGGACCGACGGGCCCUCGAGGUGAGAGAGGACCAAGAGGACCCACUGGAAAAGCUGGUCCCAAAGGCACCUCAGGGACAGACGGACCACCGGGACCUCUCGGCGAGAGGGGUCUGCCAGGACCUCAGGGACCAACAGGAUUCCCGGGACCGAAGGGCCCACCUGGGCCUGCCGGGAAAGACGGACUUCCCGGACACCCCGGACAGAGAGGAGAGACUGGAUUCCAAGGAAAAACCGGACCUCCUGGUCCUCCAGGCGUGGUCGGACCUCAGGGACCAACCGGCGAGACCGGACCAAUGGGAGAUCGCGGCCACCCGGGACCCCCAGGUCCACCCGGUGAGCAGGGUCUUCCCGGAGCUGCCGGCAAGGAAGGCGCAAAGGGCGACCCAGGACCCUCCGGCCCAGCCGGUAAAGACGGCCCACCCGGCCCGCGAGGCUUCCCCGGCGAGCGAGGCCUUCCCGGCCCUGUGGGAGCUCACGGUCUGAAGGGUAACGAGGGUCCUCACGGCCCACCUGGCCCAGCGGGUUCUCCCGGCGAACGUGGCCCUGCUGGCCCUGCCGGACCGACAGGCCUGCCCGGACGCCCCGGUCCACAGGGACCCCCGGGCCCCGCAGGAGAGAAAGGCGGGCCGGGAGAGAAAGGACCUCAAGGCCCAGCUGGAAGAGAUGGUAUUCAGGGACCCGUGGGUCUGCCAGGACCCGGAGGACCCCCUGGACCACCCGGGGAGGACGGAGACAAGGGAGAGCUCGGCGAACCCGGCCAGAAAGGAAGCAAAGGUGACAAAGGCGAACAUGGUCCUCCCGGCCCAACCGGACCUCAAGGACCCGUGGGAGCGCCCGGUCCUGCCGGAGCAGACGGCGAGCCUGGUCCCAGAGGUCAGCAGGGUCUGUUUGGCCAGAAGGGAGACGAAGGAUCCAGAGGCUUCCCCGGACCCCCGGGCCCAGUCGGCCUGCAAGGCUUGCCCGGUCCACCCGGCGAAAAAGGAGAAACGGGAGAUGUUGGUCAGAUGGGUCCACCUGGCCCACCUGGACCAAGAGGCCCCUCCGGACCCCCUGGUGCCGACGGCCCUCAGGGACCUCCCGGCGGUAUUGGCAACCCCGGCGCUGUUGGCGAGAAAGGAGAUGCUGGUGAGACCGGAGAGCCGGGUCUUCAGGGAGACGGCGGCCCACCGGGCCCAAGAGGAGAGCGAGGAGAGAAGGGAGAGGCCGGUCCAGCUGGUGCCGCUGGACCACCUGGACCCAAGGGUCCCCCUGGAGAUGACGGUCCCAAAGGCAGCCCUGGUCCGAGCGGUUUCCCUGGUGAUCCGGGUCCCCCUGGAGAGCCUGGUCCAGCUGGCUUGGAUGGCCCAGCCGGUGAUAAGGGUGACGACGGAGAAGCCGGUCAGGCUGGUUCCCCUGGACCCACUGGAGAGUCAGGUCCCUCUGGACCACCAGGAAAGAGAGGACCACCUGGAGUGACGGGACCUGAAGGAAGACAAGGGGAGAAGGGAACCAAGGGAGAGCCCGGCUUGGAAGGUCCUCAAGGAAAGACCGGUCCCGUUGGACCCCAAGGAUCACCUGGUAAACCUGGUUCGGAAGGUCUAAGGGGAAUUCCUGGCCCUGUUGGCGAGCAAGGUUUACCGGGUGCCCCCGGUCCUGAUGGACCUCCCGGACCAAUGGGUCCUCCCGGCUUACCUGGUUUGAAAGGAGACUCUGGUAUCAAGGGAGAGAAGGGCCACCCGGGUCUCAUCGGUCUUAUUGGACCACCGGGAGAGCAGGGAGAAAAGGGCGACAGGGGUCUUCCCGGUCCAGCGGGAAGUGCUGGUCCCAAAGGAGACAAUGGCAUUGCUGGUCCUUCUGGUCCACUCGGUCCGCUUGGUCCGCCUGGAUUACCUGGUCCUCCCGGUCCCAAAGGCGCUAAAGGCUCAUCUGGACAAACUGGACCAAAGGGAGAGACUGGAUCACCUGGAAUUCCAGGCCCACCGGGACCCCCGGGCGACGUCAUCCACCCGCUCCCCCUCCAGGCCUCCACCAAGGGCCGCACGCGCAGAAACAUCGACGCGAGCCAGAUGAUGGACGACGAGGCGGCGGACGCCAACUACAAGGACUACGACGACGGCAUGGAGGAGAUCUUCGGCUCGCUCAACUCGCUCAAGCUCGAGAUUGAGCAGAUGAAGCACCCGCUGGGCACCCAGGCCAACCCCGCCCGCACCUGCAAGGACCUGCAGCUGUGCCACCCGGACUUCCCGGACGGCGAGUACUGGAUCGAUCCCAACCAGGGCUGCUCCCGGGACUCCUUCAAGGUUUACUGUAACUUCACAGCCGGUGGCGAGAGCUGCAUCUUCCCCGACAAGAAGUCAGAAGGGAGCAAAAUGGCAAAAUGGCCCAAAGACUCGCCGGGCACAUGGUAUAGUCACUACAAGAGAGGUUCCCUGCUCUCCUACGUGGACGCCGAGGGCAACCCCGUCGGCGUGGUGCAGAUGACCUUCAUGCGCCUGCUGAGCGCCGCCGCCCGCCAGAACCUGACGUACAGCUGCCACCAGUCGGUGGCCUGGCACGAUCAGGAGGGCGACAACUACGACAAGGCCAUUCGCCUCCUGGGCUCCAACGACGAGGAGAUGUCCUACGACAACAACCCGUACAUCCGGGCCGUGCUGGACGGCUGCGCGUUGAAAAAGGGCUACGACAGGACAGUACUGGAGAUCAACACACCCAAGGUGGAGCAGGUGCCGUUUGUGGACAUCAUGUUCAACGACUUCGGCGGCCCCACGCAGAAGUUCGGCUUCGAAGUGGGCCCCGUCUGCUUCGUCGGCUAAAGACUGAGCAAAAAUAUGGAGGCAAAUUCUUAAAAAAAAAAAAAAAAAAAAACAACAACACUUAUUUUUGUUUCUAGGACAAUUCUAUUUGUAAAAAUUUUUUUAUUUUGUUUUGUUUUCCCGUAAAGCAAAAUUCUGUAGGAUGAGAAGAAAUAACCUUGAAACCUCAGCGUGCCUUCUUCUCCUUCACAUGCAAGUUUUGAAAAUGGACGAGCACGCCGUGGUUUUCGCACCCGUGUCGUCCGACACCCCCCCCCCCCCCCCCGCCCCAGGACUCCAUUUUGGCUCCUCCUCCUCCGUCGCGCUCGUUCUUCGCUUUGUUGUUGGGAGCUUCGUUUGUGCAUAAUUGUCCCUCCCCCCUUUUUUUUUUUUUAAUUUUAAAAACAUAAAUAUAUAUAAAUAUAUAAAUAAUUUUUAUGUUUGUAAGUACAUUCUGUAUAUUGAUCCUGGUGUUUGUUUUAUUGCUCUACUGGCUUCAAAACGUACAUGGGACUCGGAUCGACUCGGCGGACGCGUCGACGACGUCAUCAUCGAAUAACGGAGAGGAAAUUCGACGUAAAAAAAAAAAAAAAGACAUUAAACAAGGGACUUUAAAAAAAAAAAAUUCCGGAUUCUUGUUCGUAUGAAUGGAAACGAAAGAAGCUCGACUGAUUUGACACAAACGAAAAAGGCUGAAAAUAAAAAGGAAAUCGAAUGAUGUCACCCGAAAAUCAGAAGAACUUCGGUGCUAUUUUCUCUUCUGUGGUGCUACACUUUGCUGCGUAUUGUACGCCCCCCCCCCCCACCUCGCCCGCCCCCACCCCGCUCAACACUGCAAUCUGCGAGAAAGAAACCAAAGAGGAUUUUCUUUUUUUUUUUUUUGCUGUCUUGAGGGAAAACCCCCGCCCCUUAAAAAAAAUAAAAAAAAGCUUCAUUUGAUGAAAGGUGCUUUCCCCCCCCCCCCGUUUUCUGAAACAGGUUUUUAUUUUUAAUAAUAAUAAAUGUUCAAGCCAUGCACUCUUCGACGCUUAUGACCACUAGUAUCUUACCACAGAAUUUUCUGCAGCCCUUCACAUUUUGUUCUCGUGUUUUGUUUUUUUGCUAAUUGUUAAAAUAUAAUAAAAAGAACAAAUAAACAAAUGUGACUUGAACAAUUUCUCCAUAUGCUUUGUAGAUGUUUUCACGAGCGAACAUUUUUUUUUUUUGGGGGGGGGGUGUCUGUUAGUCAGUCAAACUUGUGACGGACAACAACAACAACAAAAAAAAAGAGUGGAAGAUCUAUUUUUUUUCCCCUCUGGAUAUUUUUUUUUGUUUUCUUUUCAAAAUGUCAAUAAAUCCAAGUUUACUGUGGCCAUCCACUCUUUUGUAUGUCCUUUGAAGCAUUAAAACUCAUCUGUAUGCAUGAAA